AUGGAGCAGGAAGAUUUUGUAGCGGAAAGGGAAAGGAUCCAGAAAGCUGCUGAAUUAAACGGGUACGACAAAAAGUUUGUGGAUAAAAUAAUCCGCAAACAUCUCCGCAAAAAACAGCGCCAUGAUACCACUACACUACAGCCUGAAAGAGAAGAAGUACAAAGAAUCAGCCUACCGUUCUACCCGAAAGUAACAAACCACAUUAGAAAGGUACUUAAGCGGCAUGGUUUCCAUGUGGUCCACAAAAGCGGCAAUGCCUUACAGGAACUUUUGAAUAAUCAAAAGGACAAGGUUCCGCCCGACGAACGCUCAGGAAUUUAUGAAAUUCCGUGCCAGGAUUGCCCAGCGGUGUACAUCGGGCAAACGCGGAGGAAAUUCAAAAUUCGCCUAAAAGAACAUAGAAAGGCAGUGGAGAAUGAACGGCCCAACGACUCCAGUGUAGCCAUGCACUCAAUCUGCUCCAAACACAAUAUCAAUUGGGGAAACGCAAAGCUGCUCAAAAACGUGAGAAAGUCUUCUCAUUCGACUGCGUGGGAGUCGAUGUACAUCUGUACGGAGGACCGUCCCCUGAUGAAUGAGGAUGACGCUCUCAUCACCUCACCGCUCUUUCAACUGACGAAGUUGAAACUGUAG